CUCUUCUAUCUUUUCUCCUGUCUGAUUGAUACCCCCUCUGCAAAACAAACACAAAUCCACCACCAAAAAAACCGAAUACCAAAACCAGAAUCUCUCGAAUUACACACAAGUUAGAGCAAGAAAAAAAAAAUCAGAAGAGAAAAAAAAGAUAGAUAAAGAAAUAAAAAUUCAGAAGAAAUACAAUUUGUAAGGGGGAAAAACUAAGAAAGAUAUAUUAAAUGUAAAUGCAUCAGAAGAAAUCCGAAGUUCAGAUCGGGAAAGAAAGCAGCGGUUUCUCUUCCGAUUUUAAUCCUACUCCGCCCUUUCUUCAUCAUCUUUAUCCUCCUAAUAACAAUCAAUUAUUCAUACAAACACAUCUUGAUAUUCAUCAUCAAUCCGCCCCACCAUUACCAUCACCACCACCUCCACCACCAUCAUCACCAUUGACGACGACAACAACAACAACAACACAAGAUGAGAAUUCAAUAUCAAACCCAAAAAUCCUCCUCUCUACACCUCACAAAAGACCCAUAAUGAAUCACCACCAUCAACACUCUUCUGGCACUCUUACUCACUCACCUACUUUAUCAUCUCUACACCACCACCACCAUCAACAACAACACCAACAUCAUAAUCAACCCUUUUCUCAAUACCCAACAAUUUCAUCAACAAAUUCACCUUCUUGUCCAUCUCCAUAUGUAAUAAUCUCAUCAGCAACGAAAGCUGCAGUCUUUCGAAUACUACGUCAAAUUCGACAUAUACGUCGUCUACGUCUUCAUCUUCGUCUAAUACUUCUUCUAUCCUUGCCUUCUUUUUACUUCUUUCUAUCAAACCCUCACUCAUCUUUCUUAUUAGACUUUUUAUCAGCUCUUGCAUUCUCCUUUGCACUGCUUCUAUCAUUAAAUCUUGCUCUACCUCGUCUGCCAUCCAUCCGUCUACUUCUUUCUCGUUCAUUUCCAUUAAAAAUCUCAUCGAAUUCCAAUUCGUCAUCUGCUAGAUCACCUCCACCUGUGUUUUGGUCAAUUGGCUCUAAGCCCAAAUUGGAAAAAAGGGUUGUCAAUUCUGGAUCUGGGGUUCAGGCUUACAGCAAUGGAGAUGUAUAUGAAGGUGAAUUUCAUAAAGGGAAAUGUUCAGGGAGUGGUGUCUAUUACUAUUAUAUGAGUGGGAGAUAUGAAGGGGAUUGGGUUGAUGAGAAAUAUGAUGGCUAUGGUGUUGAAACAUGGGCGAGAGGCAGUCGAUAUCGUGGGCAGUAUAGGCAAGGGUUGAGACAUGGAUUUGGGGUUUAUAAGUUCUAUACUGGUGAUGUUUAUGCUGGUGAAUGGUCUAGUGGGCAAAGCCAUGGAUGUGGUGUUCAUACUUGUGAGGAUGGGAGUAGAUAUGUUGGGGAGUUUAAGUGGGGUGUCAAACAUGGUCUUGGCCAUUACCAUUUCAGAAAUGGAGACACAUAUGCUGGGGAGUACUUUGCAGACAAAAUGCAUGGAUUCGGGGUUUACCGUUUUGCCAAUGGGCAUCGAUAUGAAGGAGCCUGGCACGAGGGAAGGAGGCAAGGGCUUGGAAUGUACACGUUUAGGAAUGGAGAGACACAAUCUGGUCAUUGGCAAAAUGGUGUCCUUGAUAUCCCUAGCACUCAAAACAUCCAUCCCGGGUCUCCAAUUGCUGUUAACCAUUCUAAAGUGUUGAAUGCGGUUCAGGAAGCAAGAAGAGCUGCAGAGAAAGCAUAUGAUGUGGCAAGAGUGGAUGAGAGGGUGAACCGAGCAGUAGGAGCUGCGAAUAAAGCCGCAAAUGCAGCAAGAGUUGCAGCAGUGAAGGCAGUUCAAAAGCAAAUGCACGAUGGCAAAACUCAAACUGAAGGCAUCCUCUCAAUGGUGUAGUAAACGAAUUCUAUGUAGUAUAAUAUGUAUGCAACUUAUCCAUAAUGAUGCUUGGGUAGCUUGUUUUGCAACUAAGAACAAUCAAAGCUGUUAGGAAGAUGACAAAGCAAAGUUAAAACGAAAAUUUCCCGUGCUGUUGUCUUGCGAUAUCGGUAGACCGUACUGCUUUUUCAUAUUGUUAUUUCGUUCUUUUUUUUUAAUCACGAAGAUGCAACUAGGAGGAUGCCAUCUUGGAACCACAUUUUGGUUGUAGAUGAUGAGCAGCUGAUUGAGGAGCAGGCUUGGUUUCCUCUUGUUUUUGCUUUCACUGUAGUAUGUACAGGAUGAUGAGUAGAGAAAGUGAACAGUGCAGCACCACCUCCUUGGUUGAUGUAGUUAGAGAGAGGAAGAAAGGUGUCCUAAUUUUGUUUUCUUUUUUCCUUGUUUUCCAUUUUCUUGAUGAUCCUUCGGCUGUAAGUAAAUGCAGGUGCUGGUGCUAGAGGUGAAACCUCAGCCUAGCUUCUGUUCUGUUGUAUGUGACUGUUCAUGAUAAUAUUUUGCUCUUUUAUGAUUACAUAUGAUAUAUCAAGGAUCUCUGA